GGAACACCAUUUAAACUGGCCUUGGUUCAGCCUGACGGUAAAAUGGUCAAAAUCUCCUCACUUCCAGGAAUAAAAACUGGUGUGUAUGUGAGUGAUCCACCAGUUGUUGGCAGCCAAACUCUCACCUGCUCCUGCCGAAAUGGCAACACUAGAUUCUGACUGGCUCUGGAGUCGGUCCAGCUCUAUUUGAUCACUUUCAUCUUCUACCAUGUGACAGGAAUCUUUGUGAUGUCAUCAAUAAUGGACAGGCGAGGUGGUGACUGAACUAAGCUCAGAGUGGGACAGUCAUUUGCACUCUCCAAUUAAAGCAGCCUUGACAGGUCGCCCAGUCAAGUGCGGGCUGCAGACCAAACCCUGCCGACUGGCGUCGAGAGUCUCUCUGCUCUUUUGGGAAGCUUCACAAAAUGUCCUGCUCCCCGGGCAAGUGUGUCGCGGAAAAUCACAAGUUCAAAAAGAAGGACAGGAAGGACAGUCCGGAAAAGACAGUGAGGCCCGAGAAGAUGGAGAAGCUAGAGAGGACCGACAGCACUGGGAAUGGAGAGAAUGCUGAGAAGAGAGAGGCAAGAUCUAAAGCUGGGAAGGAGGAUGUUCCCCCGAAGAGGGUGGAAAAGAUCAGUCCUCGUUUUUCCAAGGAGUUUUGGAUGGAACUGCUGUCACGGGAAGAAUCUGAGAAAGUGGUGGGCGACAUCAUGGAGUACCAGAUGCAGAGGGUCAUGGCUGGCAACCUGCUGGUGGACAUCAAACGGCAGCGUGAGAAUUACACCGCCUACUGGGCCCGGAAUUACAUUCUGCAGAAAGUGACUCAGGAAUUAACCUGUCGAGACGAAGGAGAAGACCCAGAGGAAUCGUCCAAAACCGAAGACUCUGAGCUGGAGCCCUUAACCAUUGACAUGUGGGCCCCACGAUGUGUUCCAGCUCAGAAGAUCCUGCACUCUCCAGAGCCUGUCGACGAAAAGGAGGCUGAAGUUGAAAGGGUCAGAACAUCACCUGUGACUCGCUGGCAGCCCAAGGUUCCCGCCCCCAGCUCACCUGUCAGAAGAACUGCGACUUUAACAGAACCUCACAGGAAAAACCAGACUACCUCGGGCCCCAAACAGGGUGUUAAGAAGUCCCCUCCUCGGCCACCUGUCUCCACGACACACCUGCACGUGGACAGUAGAAAGUCAGCUGCGCUGGCACCUGUCUCGGACAUGAGGCAGGACGUGGACAGUGCGAUCCCCACAGACUCCCCGCUCUCCCUUCAAGCCGCCUCUCUCCAACCAAGAAAAUCAGCCAAGAGCCUCGAUCCUUCCAGUUUCCCUCACCACUGGAUCCUUCCUCAGUAUGAGAUCACAGACACCCCCUGCACCAAACCCGGCUAUAAGGCAACGGGGGGCUUCACUAAAAUCAUGAAGAAGAAUCCGACGUGUAAAGAUGGUGGAUCAAGACGGGCCACUGACCUGCGGCGUGGACUGUCGAGCAAGGACUUGGACAGGAAGUGAGGGGAUACACUCACCUGUACGCCCCUGGAAUGGCUGCCGCGCUGAGCUUCAGUCUCCGGGUGGAAUGAUUUCUCAUCAAGCUGAAGUCCUCUGGACACUCAAGGUCAAGCCAUGGACCCAAGGAAUUCGAGCAGCACCACAGACUGUAUGAACCUGAGUGACAUCAGGAGUAUGAUGUAAAUAUUUGUUGUCAAUUUCACUGUACAGAAAGUUGUUUUAAGCUGCUGUUUUCAGUUGGUAGAAUGAAGUGGCCAGCAGCACCACUGAGACCUCCAGACCCAGAGAUGGUACUAGUCCCAGUACUAAUGUGUUCCAUCCACACACGUAACUACCCUGCACUCUAGUAGUGGAGACCAGAGACCAUCAGCUGUGGGCCCGAGCUCACCUGUCAGAAGGACCGCCACUCUAAUAGAACCUCGAAAGAAAAACCAAACCACCAAGACCAAUGAGGGGCAGCGACCCCAAGACCAACUGAGUCCAGAAUCCAGAAGUCUAUGACAGACCCAGAUGUUUUGAAAUCUCAAAUAUGAGACUUAACCUCGUGGGGACCAGCGUCCGCCUGCUCAGUCAGACCCGGCAGCGUCCGCCUGCCCAGUCAGACCCGGCAGCGUCCGCCUGCCCAGUCAGACCCGGCAGCGUCCGCCUGCCCAGUCAGACCCGGCAGCAUCCGUGGUGAAGACUCCAGUUCAGGUGGCAGUGGAGAGGGAGGCAGACGUGUAGACAGGAGACGGAGACGGUGAGCGCUGGGAGCCCGUCUCACCCACAGAGCCGCUCAUGCUGGGGAGGGGAGGCGGCGAGUGAAGUCGAGCAGGAAGACGGGAUCUUGCUAAUUUAUUUACAGAUUUAAUUAGCUGGAUGGAGGCCUCGGAAGGAAGAGAGCGAUCGGGCGAGCGAGAGAGAGAGCGAGCGAGGGGAGACGUUGUUGCCAGCGUCGCGGCUCUUUCAUGAUCCCUGCGCUCCUCUGUCUGGGGAGCCGCUUCAUUAAAACCCUCAUUAUGUGACUUUUAA